UGUGAAAAUGUUACGAUUAUUUUGGUUAUAAAUGCAUAGAUAUGCUAAAUGCAUGCGCAAUUUAUGCAUAGAUCUUAAUGUUUUUCUAACGGAUGUACAAGUAUAAAGAUUAUGGCAACGUUCAUACAGAUUAUCUUUACAUUUGUUCUACACCACUUUUUGUUUGGAAAAUUACAUGCAAGGGUUAUCAGUACUGGUGAAUGUCCACAACAAGGAACAACAGAUCAGAUACACUGCUGUCCCAACUUCAGAUUAAAUGGAAACAAAUGUGAAGAAUGUCCACCGGGCUUGAUGGGAGACAACUGUGGAGUGAUAUGUCCCUUCGGAUGGUAUGGCAGAUAUUGUCUGAAUCGUUGUGCUUGUGAACCACCCAUGACAUGUGACCGUGUUAUCGGAUGCACAUGUCAAGACAACAAAUGUCAACUAGACAGGGAAUCAACAGUUUCCCCGGCAAAAGAAAUCCCAGAAUCUACACGAGCACCAGAUGAUGAAAUCGAAACUACCAUAUAUCACCUCAUCACCAAGAGAAUUGGCGGCAAGUACACAACAAGCGAGAGGAAUGCCCAGUCUAGUCGUUCUAUAUGCACUAGUAAUUACUUAACGUCAAUUAAUCAUUAUAAAUAUAUUACAGGCCUUAAAACUGAGCAUGAGCAAAUAAGGGAUUGA